UUAUAGCGGGACUGCGGCAGGCAUUCUUAUACUGGGUGGGAACUGACUUGGCGCCACUGACAUCCCCAGUGACACCAAUACAGUGAUCAGUGCUAAUAAAAAGCACUGACGCUGUACUAAUGACACUGGGCAGGAAGUAGUUAACAUGUGGAGCGAUUCAAGGGUUAACUGUGUGCUGUUUUACUUUGGGCUGUGUGUGUCUGUGCUUCACUGUAAGCACACUGCUUUGCAUGGCUGUGCUAUGCUCGGCAAUCACCGGGAGCCGCCGAGUAAUUACCGGCCGGGACCCAGUUAUUGACAGCCGCGGCCGCGAAUGGCGGAAAUGCAAAAUCA